ACAGAGCGAGUAUCACCCCGGGGCGAGAGAACCUCUGCGCCUCCUCCGCGCUGCGCUGCGCUCCGGCACCCAUCCUUCCAUCCAUCCCUCCAUCCCGCCAUCCCUCUCCAUCUCCGUCCCGCGCCUUUCUUUCCUCUGCUCCGGCUUCCAGCACCGGAGAUAGAUGUUCUGCAGUCACGUGGGUUGAAGGAGAGGAAAGAGAAGGAUGGAGAGAAAGGAGGGAGGGAGGGAGAGAGUGAACGUCCCUCCUCCUGCUCCUCCGCAGUUUGCAGUGUGUGAUGUCUCAGACUCGGAGGUAGAGAGUCAGAGCUGCUCGUCCGGCGGAUCUUCACCUCUGAAACAAACCCCCGGUGUCUCCUGUCAUCCUCCCCCUCUUCCCCUCUCACCUCCCCGGCUUCGCUCCUCUCUGGAGCCCUGGAAGAUUCGCUCUCUUUUUCCUCUAUCCUUCUUCUUCUACUUGACUCUGACCAACAGUUUCUUCAGUGGGAUUUAGUUUUCUGCUCAUCACUCCCCCUCCAACACUUCGCUGCCGCCGCUUAUUUUCGGAUUUGCUCAUAAGUGAGAAGGAACCCAAGAAUCGGCGAGGUGGAUCCGUGGAUGCGCCUCUGGGGCUCGAACUGGAGAUGGAAAUGCUGAUAUUGUUAUUUCAUUCCCUGUGGAUAUUGCAAUGCAACACCGUGAGUGCCGACUCCAUCAUCCACAUCGGUGCCAUAUUUGAGGAGAACGCGAUGCGGGACGAUGAGGUGUUUCAGCUCGCCGUGUCCGACCUUAGUCUGAGCGAUGACAUCCUGCACAGCGAGAAGAUCACACACUCCAUAAAGCUCAUCGAGCCCAACAACCCUUUCCAGGCGGUGCAGGAAGACAAAUCGGCCACAUCUGUCUCCCAGCGGCAGAUUGUCCCUCAGCCAGGGCUGAUCAGGAUCAGAGGAGAGAGGCAGGUGUGA